AUGAAAAAAGAAAAUUCAAUGAUCAAUAAAAAAGAAGUAUUAAAACAAAUUAAAUCAACUUUAAUAAGAUGUAUGCAUUAUCCAGAGACAAGUAUAACUGCAUUUAAUAAUGAAUGUUUCAAUGAUAGUGAUGAUAAUAAUAACAAUGAAAAUGACGAUGAAGGUUAUGUAUUAUUCAAUCCAUUUAUUCAAACAACAACAGUUCAAGGUCAAAUAGCAUCUUUAGGCGAAUAUAUAUCAUGGAUAUUAGGAAAUGAAGCAGUAUUGGAAAAUAUGAAUUUAGAAUAUAAUAAAAUGCAUAAUCUUAUGCCUAGUAAUGCGGAUGAUGAUAAUAAAGGUGUAAAUUUUAACGUUACAAAUAGUUAUUGUCAUUCAAAGUCGAAUGUGUUAAGAGUUAACAUCAAUGAUCAAUAUAAUAUGAGCGAGGAAUCCAAGCAUAAAAGGAUUAAACCGAAACAGAAGCUGGAAACACAAAAGCCAGAAAAGUUAGUUCACUCGUCACUAUCACCCUCAAUGUCCUUAGUGUUUUCACACAAAACAAACAGUCAACGUGAUACAAUAUCAGGCUAUGCUAAUGACAUCAAAGUUAAUAGUAAAAGAAAGAAGGUAAAACGUAAGAAUUACACUACUCAUCAAAUUUUACAUGAUAAUAUAGACUUUCCAAUAUCAAACUAUUGGUAUUAUGAUAUGAAAUUAAAAACUAUGCAUAAAUCUAAGAGAUCCAAUGAGAAUUUGCUUGGAACAGUUAAAUAUGCACCAAUGAAGAAGACAAGUUCAGUGCAAAGAAAUAAACUUUAUCAUACAUGUACUUCAACUGUCUAA